AUGGGACAGAUACAUACCCAGCAACGAAGCCUCGAACACUCAAAGGCAUACGUCUCCCACACUUCCUCGUCGCUAAAGGACUCGAAAGUGCUAUGGCCCUCCGAUGGGUCUCGUAUCCACACGAUCGCCCUGCAAGACAAGGAAUUGAUAGUUGUUACUCACGCGCUUGGACCCUUUUUCAAAGGUAGGCAUGUCGAAGGAAUCCUUGCAGGCUUUUGCCAGAAAAUAUUCCUCUUGUUCAACACAGAUACCAGAGCCCUGGGUAUAGGUAGUGUCAUUGCGGAGCAGCUUUUCAAAUGUUUCGACGGCCAGGGAUCACUUGCACGAGAAAUAAUGCCACUGGGGAUUCAAGGUGUUCAGGAAUUGAAUUGGACCACCCAGAAUGAGCAACUGGCUCCUCUUCGACAGGUGUAUCAGAAGAGGAUGAAAGAGGAUCGCAGAUCAUUGACUCCGUUCUCCAUGACAGACUCAAAUGGAAACGAGCUACUAUUUGCUGGGCUCCAAGAAGAGACCCUUAUCAUCGUGGACAAGACCAUGCUGCCGGCUGGUCUUGUCAAGUACACCCAUCAUACAUUUGACAUAGGCUGCCUGGAUCGGGCCAAAUGUUCAUGGCAGUUGUUCGUCAAAGUCACGCAUCGGAACUUUUUGCGUUCCUGUUUUCGGACAUGUCAGGCUCCAAUCGUGAGUGUCGAAAGUCUUUCGAGCAAACGAAUCUUUCAGGCUGACUCUUUGCAGAAAGACAUGGCCGUAGCCAUCAUGACCGCGAUGCGGAUCUUCUCCGAAGCCCGGCGUUUUGUUCAUCAUCCAAAGCGAACAGAAGCAGCCGUUCUUGUCGAAACCAUUGGCCGGGGAAAGUUCUACACAAAUUCAACCGUUAUUGAUGAACAGACUGCCGUAACUCCUGAAACGCUUCCCCCUAGUGAUGGCGACGGCUCGGCAGCGAGAGAUGGCAGUGUACGCGGUCUUUCUGCCAGCCCAGAUUCUCUUUCACACGCAAACAACUCUCAUUCAGGACCAUCCCCAUCUUCAUCCCCCCCAUCAUCUGCCUCUUCUUCAAACAUCAUGAAUGACCUGUUGAAUCAAAACGCCGUGGUGGAUGUGCAGGCCGUCCCCACAAAGAAGCGCAAGAAAAAGACAAAGAAGAGCAAAAAGAAACCCACAAAAACAACUGCCCAAACCCAGACCGUGUCAAAUGAGGGAGAACAGCAUUCAGCGGACAAAGGAUGCUCUGGGACUGCGGACAAGAUGGCGGCUAUCACAAUUUCUGGAUCACUCCCCAUUCCACCACCAGCCUCGGCUCUGCCGCCGCCUGCUGUUCAGUCUGGUGGAGGAAAUUCCGCAAAGAGGACAAGCGCAUUACUGUCUAGGGAGCUGAAGCAGAGGGGCAAGGCAAAGAAACUCAGUAAGACUCCUGCAGCUAAGGAGCUGGAGCAAGAUCUUGAUGAUACUGCUUCUCAAAAUUCAAGUGAUUCUGAUCGGACGGUUACUCAAGAAGAGUUAUCGAGGAAAGAUGCUAUCACCACCACCUCUUCUAGCAAAGGUCAACAGGACAAGCAACAUGGGAAAGGGAGUGAGAAGGACAAGGGACAAACCAAGAAGAAGGAUGCCGAGAAUCCCAAGACAACUUCUCAGACCCAAGCAAUUAGUUCCACCCAAGGAGGCACGAAGCCACGGAAUGCACGCCCUCUAUCCCCUGCACCCUUUGGCUGCUCCCCUACUAACUUUCUGCAGCACGGCCAGCCUGGCGAUGAAGAGCCUCACCCUCCCGCUGAAUUCAAAUUCGAUAGCUUGGAUCCGCGUCUGAAAUGUUUGAAACCUGACUGCCGUAAGAUGACGAGUUGCUGGGACAACGCCGUGGUCAUCUGCCCUGCCUGUGGCACCUCCAGCUUCACCCGCUAUUGCAGAAAGCAGCACCUGUACGAUGACCUCCAGCGCCAUUGGGCUAUGGAAUGUGGAAGGAACACGAUCGCCGGACCAAUCGAUCGAGACACGAUUCGCGCCAGACAACUCCCCAAGCGACCCUAUGUUCGUGGCCAAUACCAUAACAUUGUCGAGCGUCACAGACAGGCGGUCUACCGCGCAAUGGAAGACGCAGAUUACUUCAUCUUCAAAGACAUCGAGAUGCUCGACGAGAGCAUUGUGCAACCGACACAACAGCAAUGGAAUUCGGUGCGUGGCAGCGGCGAAGUGGCACUGCAAAUCAUAUUCCCGGACGACAUGACGCCGCAAUCCGCCAAGCAGCUUUUCAACUACCACAUCCAGCGCAUCUUGUCGGUCGGCAAGCCGCUGGCCGAGGACAGCUGUAUGAGGGCCUUGGAGAUGAUCCGUUCGGCGCUGGUCAUGUCGGGGGGCUGGACUGAGGAGGCAUUGACCUACCUGUGUAUGCAAUUGAUAGGUGAAUGGGGUGAUUUCAAGGUGCCAGAGCGCUUUUACAACGUGGAGGUGAACACGAUGUGGGAAACGCAUUACCUACCGCCCAUGGCGUGA